CAAAACCCCCAUUCCACGUGUGCUAAACCCUAAUGAACACUCAACAACACUGAACUAGCUGAAUUUGGUUUUUCACGUCCUGGGUAACCACCAUCAUCACCAGCCAUGGCACAGAGGCGGUGUCUCCACAGCCUAACCCGUCAAACCGUAGCUCUUCUCUCCUCAAACCCUACCACACUGCACCAUUCUCUCAAAGCUUCACCUUCUAUCCCCAAUUCAAUUUCUAUCAAAUCUCUCAUCUUCAGAUCCUCCAUUUUUACGAAAGCUGAUAUCACCUGGUGUUCUCUCUGGUCUCACCACCAUCGUCGCCAUUUCGCGUCAAGUUCACGGGACGAAAGCGAUGAUAACGAGGAAGAUGAAGAGACGGAGGGAGAGGAUAGUGAGGGAGAGUAUAGUGAAGGAGAGGAGCCAACGGGGUCUGCUUUGAACAUAGAGUACUCGGCGCAGGAGAAGGAAGAGGAGGCUGCAGCUAUUGGUUACAAAGUAAUUGGACCACUCGACAAGUCCGACCAACUCUUUAAACCAUACGAGCCGGUUUUCGCUGUUGUUCAGAUUGGAUCGCAUCAAUUCAAGGUGAGCAAUGGGGAUUCUAUUUUCACUGAGAGAUUGAAAUUCUGCGACGUAAAUGACAAGUUGAUUUUGAACAAGGUUCUGUUGUUAGGAUCAAGUACUCAAACAAUUAUUGGCAGGCCCAUGGUGCCAGAUGCAGCUGUUCAUGCAGUUGUUGAGCAACAUGCAUUAGAUGCAAAGGUAAUUAUCUUCAAGAAGAAGAGAAGGAAGAAUUACCGCAGAACCAAAGGACAUCGGCAGGAACUGACUAAAUUAAGAAUAACUGAUAUUCAAGGAAUUGAGAAACCAGAAAGGAAAAUUGAUUCUCCAAAGUCUAAAAAGGCAGCAGCCAAAAAGCAAGAAAAGGUUGCAGUUGCUGCUUAAGAGGGAUUUUCCCCGCGACAUAUUUUCACAAUAAUGGCUUCCCAUGUUUAUAUUCUGCUGCAACUUUCUGAUACAAUUUGAUGGAACUAUAUCCAGUGUACAUUUGGGAUGCCAUAGGAAGCAGAAAAAACACCAUUUUGACCAGAUACCUUUUCUAGGAUUAUUAUUUGGGAAUUCCCCUGCUAGAGUUUUUGUGUUGCCUACACUGUUCAUGUUGCCUCGCUAGUAGACUCUUGCUCGUAACAGAGUUGAAUCGAGUUAUUCCCAAGGAUAAAGCAAUUAGUCGUUGCACUUAGUUGAAUAUUAUUAUUUUAUUAAACCUUAAGACAGCCUUUUAUGAUUUGCUUGUAGCUUCAUGGUCAUCCUGGACUUUGUAAACUAUAAUGAUUAUUGAUCUUCCGUGUAUCUUUUACAAA